UUCACCACCGGAACACGAGGUCCCAUCGCAGACGGUUUUAUUUGACAGCUGUUCUUUUAAAAGACACGGUCCGAGUGGCCGACAUUAUCUUCCCAUCAUCCCUUGGUGUUCAGAGAUACAAAUGGAGGAAAUGAUUUUAACAUCUGAUUCUUCUCUAAAAUGCUCUCCUCAAGACUCUCCUCCUUUUUCACCGGGUACUAAAGAAGAAUCAGAGUCCUUUCCUGUGUCUUCUCCCAGUAGUAAUGUUCCAGCCGGACCCCCACCACCUCCUCCACCACCCCCUCCACCUCCUCCUCCACCUCCUUCUCUCCUUCCUCCUCCUUCUUUUGGUUCUCGCUCUGUUCAGCGACGUUCCAUGAAAAAACUGAACUGGGACACCAUCCCCAGCCAGCGUAUCAUGGGUAAACUGAAUGUCUGGACGACGAAGAGAACUCAGAGAGACCUGGUUCUGGAUAUUCGAAGUAUGGAGGAGCUUUUCAGUCAAGUCGAGAAACGGGCAUCAUUUCGUAGUUCAAGGGCCAGUGUUCGUAAGAACUGUGAAGGCAUAGACCUCUGUUUACAGGAACCACAGGUCACAAUUCUUGACUCCAAAAAGAGCAUGAAUAUCGGGAUCUUCCUGAGACAUUUCAAGAGGCCAGUAGCAGAGAUGGUACAAGACAUUUCACAUGGAAACUGGCUCAGAUUUGGAUCAGGAAAACUCAAGGAGCUUUGUAAACUACUUCCAGAAGACAGUGAGGUAAAGCAGUUGCUGUCAUUCACUGGGAACAUCUCUCUGUUACCUGAGGCUGACCAGUUCAUGGUGCAGUUGGUCAAAGUGCCAGGGUAUCAGGAACGCCUUAAGACUAUGAUGCUUAGGGAGGAAUUUUUUCCUCUGAUGGAGGAGGUGAAGAACUCAGUUGACAUUCUGACCAAAGCAGCUAAUGAGUUAUUGGACUGUGAUGACCUCCACUCAGUUAUCCGGCUGGUGUUGAAAGCUGGAAAUUACAUGAACGCUGGUGGCUUCAGUGCCAAUGCCAUUGGCUUCAGGAUGACCUCCCUGCUUAAUCUGGCAGACACCAAAGCCAACAAACCUGGCAUGAAUCUUAUGCACUAUGUUGCCAAGCAAGCAGAGGACAUAGAUGUGGAAUUGCUGACUUUUCCCAGUCAACUUGAACACAUUGGAAUGGCAUCAAGAAUCUGUAAAGAUGAGGUCAUCACAGAAUUUGAAAGAGAAGUCAAGAAGAUCAAGGAAGUGAAGCUCUAUUCCAGCAGAGAACCUGACCUCUUACAACAGAUGGAGACAUUUCUUAAGAGGGCUGAUGCAAAAGUGGCCGAUGUGCAGCGCACUCUCCAGGAGCUGGAUGGUGUGAGUGGCGCUGUGGCCGAGUUCUUCUGUGAGGACCCAGCCACCUUCAAACUGGAGGAGUGCUGCUCCAUCUUCCAUUCAUUUUGUAAGCGGUUUGACACAGCGGUACAGGAGAAUCGAGAGCGUGAGGCAGCAGAGCAGAGGCGCAAGCAUAGAGAGAGUGUACGAGUGUCGCCCAAACGCCACAGAACUCAGACAUCCCACCAUCCUGAACCUGAUGAGGACUCCUCCAGCUUGGAGUCUGCCUUGCACACCUUUCUCUCCAACAUUCCUGAGGGCAUAUCACGAUGUAGGAGGAUGCCCUCCGCUACAGUGUCCCCCGCAGUGACAAGUCUCUAUACCCGACAAGAGAGGCCUGAGAACAAACAGCCCAAGCUUCAAGAUGAGAACCAACAAAUAAUCGCACAAGAAAACAAAGAGGAAGCUGAAAAGAUGCGAGCGAUUACUCGGAAGGUGCUUCGCUACCAAAACAGUCAAAGUAGCCUUGAUGGAAGGAGAGUUUCAGGGACGCCUCGUCGACUAGAGAGGUGUGAAGACAGCUCUUCUACCCCAGAUACCCCUCAGCCUAGGGCCAGAGACUACUUCUUUGCCCAUAACGGGGGUGUUAGCUCUCCGUGGACCAUCCUGAGUCCUGUCAUUUGCUCCCGGAGAAACACCCCUCAGCAAAGGAGACAAACCCCAAAGCAGAGAUUAUCAAUGACAUUUGGCGGAGAUGACACCAAUGAUGGAGUCUGGGAGAGUUAUGAAGGCAACUGUCUGUCCAAUUGUGCCAUUCAGGACAGUGUAACAUGUCCAUCCAGAGGGUCUGCGUCUCUUCCUGACUGUCCCGGUCACAGAAGUGCCUCACAUGGACCAGUCCUCCGCUCUGUUUCCAUGGAUGAAACCAGGCGUCCAUCAUCUCCAGCAUCUAACUUCUGGCUGGGGGAGCUGUUCCAGAGAAGUGUCUCCCAAAGGUCGUACUCCUCUGGAUCUGGGAGACAGAGCAGGAAAGAAGAAAGAGGCAGAAUCAGUAAAAUGGGGAAUUAUUUAGAGGGACAGACAAGUUCUGGGAUCAUAUCUUUCUUCAAACGCAUUGGAGGCAAAAGUAAACCUGGUGAUGUGGAAGAACAACUACUCAAAGGAUCCAAUACUUGAUAAAAACUCAUUCAGAGACAGAGGUUCAUCCUCUGCAAUUUUCUGUUAUUAAGAUAGUUCGUCUCCUUUUUAUUGUUUUAACCUUCACUGGAACAAAGGCAACUGACGACUUGCUUUUACCAAUUGAAGGUGGCCUUUUUGUUUUUAAUGUCAAAUGAUUUCUCUAAAAUCACAUUGUC